AUGGCUAUCGUUCAUCAUCAUGUUUCCAUAGGAUUUGGAAUUUGUGGUAUCCCAGAAAAUCUUAUCAUAGCCCUCAACAAAACCGGUUCUAAAGAUUUAACAGUUACUAGUAACAAUUGCGGCGUCGCAGGCUGGGGCUUAGGCAUUUUAUUAGAUGACAAAAAGAUCAAGCGAAUGAUAUCAUCAUAUGUUGGAGAAAAUGCGGAAUUUGAACGUCAGUAUUUAAGUGGAGAAUUGGAAGUAGAAUUAACACCUCAGGGAACAUUAGCAGAACGUAUCAGAGCUGGUGGUGCCGGUAUUCCUGCAUUCUACACCCCUACUGCAUAUGGUACCGUUAUUCAUGAAGGUGGCGCUCCUAUUAAGUACAACACUGAUGGCUCAAUUGCAAUAGCAAGUGAGCCUAGGGAGUCACGCGAGUUUAGUGGACGAAAUUAUGUCAUGGAAAAAGCGAUAACUGGCGACUUUGCAUUAGUAAAAGCAUGGAAGGGAGACAAAGCUGGAAAUCUAAUCUUUCGAAAGUCGUCUAGAAAUUUUAAUCCGGCUGCUGCAAAAGCCGGUAAAAUUACCAUAGCUGAGGUUGAACAACUUGUUGAAAUUGGCGAAUUAGAACCUGACGAAGUGCAUGUACCUGGCGUUUACGUUCAGAGAGUGGUUGUUGGUGAAGAAUAUCAAAAAAGAAUAGAAUUUAGAACUAUCACAAGGGACGAUGAUGUAGUAAAUAUCCCUGAGAAGCAUCAACGAAUUGUCAAGCGUGCGGCUCAGGAAUUUAAAGAUGGCAUGUAUGUUAACCUGGGGAUAGGAUUACCAAUGCUUUGUAGUAAUUAUAUAGAUCCUAACAUUACAGUUCAUUUACAAAGUGAAAACGGAAUUCUUGGCCUGGGGCCAUUUCCACACGAGAAGGAUGUAGACGCUGAUCUAAUUAAUGCUGGAAAACAAACUGUAACGAUAUUGCCUGGUGGUGCAUUCUUUGGAAGUGAUGAAUCCUUCGCAAUGAUCAGAGGUGGACACAUACACGUGACCAUUUUAGGCGCCAUGCAAGUUUCUCAAUUUGGAGAUUUGGCUAACUGGAUGAUACCCAAAAAGCUAGUUAAAGGUAUGGGAGGUGCUAUGGAUCUUGUCAGUAGUAGUGGUACAAAAGUUGUUGUGGCUAUGGAGCAUGCAGUUAAGUCAGGAGCCCACAAAAUUUUGCAAGAAUGCUCAUUGCCCUUAACUGGAAAAUCUGUGGUCGAUAUGAUUGUCACGGAAAAGUGCGUCUUUGAGGUUUGUUCCAAGAACGGCUUGACUUUAACGGAAAUAUAUGAAGACCAAACAAUUAAAGAUAUACAGAAGGCAACUGGAUGCCCUUUUAAGGUUGCAGACAACUUGAAAAAACUGUCGUCCGGCUAAUUAUAAUU